UCUGGGAUGCCUCCGGCUCCAGGAAGAUGGCUAUUGAAAGGCAGGGGGUGGAGAGGAGGGACGAGGGUGUGGAGACGCGCCUGUUUCUUGCAGGAAACCUGUUGCCAACAUAGUCGGAAGCCAAGGCGUCCGACCUGUGGAAAUCUAACAAGCAUAGGGGAAAGCAAAGGCAGCAUCUUAGGUAAGUGAAGUUACUCUUGCCUUGAGCUGAGUGUGGGAGCACCGCGAUUGCAAGAUGGGGCGAGGUGAUCAAAGAUCCCGCCUAUUUUCAACCCCGGAACCUCCUCCGCUCGCUGCUAGCCCUCCCGCCCUCCUCCAGCGAGGGAGCGCCAGGCUGUCCUGGCCCCGCCCGGCGCGGGUGCGGCUCCUUUAAGGGCGGGUGGGGGCGGGGCGCCGGCGGUGUUGUCAGUGUCAGCUCUGCGCACGCAGCCCUCCCGGAGCCGGUGCCGGCCCGCGAGCCCCAGCGUCUCUGCAGACCAGUCCCCUCCAGGGUCCGGCGGGGCCCGCGCGGUGGGAAGAGUCGGGCACUGGCCGGCGACUAACUGGGGUCCGACUGCUGACCAAGCUAGGAGGGACCCGGACCACGGAGACAGAGACCCCGGCAUCGCGACCCCCGAGGACCUCCUCUCCUCGCCCUGUGGCACCCACUAGUCCUGGGCACUCAGCCGCGGAGAGCCCCCGACCCCGCGCGCCCAGCCCCGGGGGAGCCCACCUCCGCCCCGCGGCCCGCCCGGGCCAUGCUCCCCCGGGGCAGCGGCUGAGCCCCAGCCGGGACCGGGACCGGGACCGGAGCCCGCGCGGAGCAUGGAUCCGGGCUGGGGGCAGAGGGACGUGGGCUGGGCGGCCUUGCUGAUCCUCUUCGCCGCCUCGCUGCUCACGGUGUUCGCCUGGCUGCUGCAAUAUGCCCGGGGCUUGUGGCUGGCGCGGGGCCGCGGGGACCGGGGCCCGGGACCCGCCUUAGCCGGGGAACCCGCGGGUUCCCUGCGGGAGCUGGGCGUGUGGCGCUCGCUGCUGCGGCUGCGGGCGAUUCGGGCUGGCGCCGCCGAGGAGCCAGGAGUCCGGGGCCUCCUGGCGUCACUCUUCGCCUUCAAGUCUUUCCGGGAGAACUGGCAGCGGGCUUGGGUGCGAGCGCUGAACGAGCAGGCCUGCAGAGACGGGAGCUCCAUCCAAAUCGCCUUUGAGGAGGUGCCCCAACUCCCACCCAGAGCCAGCAUCAGUCAUGUGACCUGCGUAGACCAAUCUGAGCAUACCAUGGUGCUGCGUUGCCAGCUCUCUGCUGAGGAGGUGCAGUUCCCAGUCUCUGUGACCCAGCAGUCCCCCGCUGCCGUCUCCAUGGAGACCUACCACGUCACUCUGACACUGCCACCAACACAGUUGGAAGUCAACCUGGAGGAAGUCCCUGGUGAGGGGCUGCUCAUAUCCUGGGCCUUCACUGAUCGCCCAGAUCUCAGCCUAACGGUGCUUCCCAAGCUUCAGGCCAGGGAGAGAGGUGAAGAACAAGUGGAGCUCUCCACAAUUGAGGAACUGAUCAAGGAUGCCAUAGUCAGCACCCAGCCAGCCAUGAUGGUCAACCUCAGGGCUUGCUCUGCCCCAGGAGGCCUGGUACCCAGUGAGAAGCCACCCAUGAUGCCCCAGGCUCAGCCAGCCAUCCCCAGACCUAACCGGUUAUUCCUACGGCAGCUUCGGGCAUCUCACUUGGGAAAUGAGCUGGAAGGCACCGAGGAACUGUGCUGUGUAGCUGAACUCGACAACCCCAUGCAGCAGAAGUGGACCAAGCCCGCGAGGGCUGGAUCCGAGGUGGAGUGGACAGAAGACCUGGCACUGGAUCUGGGCCCCCAGAGCCGGGAGCUGACCCUCAAAGUGCUGAGGAGCAGCAGCUGUGGAGACACCGAACUCCUAGGCCAGGCCACACUGCCUGUGGGCUCCCCCUCCAGACCACUGUCUCGAAGACAGUUGUGCCCACUCACCCCAGGGCCAGGGAAAGCCCUGGGACCAGCAGCCACCAUGGCAGUGGAGCUUCAGUAUGAGGAGGGCUCUCCCCGGAACCUGGGUACUCCCACCUCCUCCACUCCACGCCCCAGCAUCACACCUACCAAGAAGAUUGAGCUUGACCGGACCAUCAUGCCCGAUGGCACCAUUGUCACCACAGUCACCACUGUCCAGUCCCGGCCCCGUAUAGACGGCAAAUUAGACUCCCCCUCCCGCUCCCCGUCCAAGGUGGAGGUGACCGAGAAGACGACAACUGUGCUGAGUGAGAGCAGUGGCCCCAGCAAUACUUCCCAUAGCAGCAGCCCAGGGGACAGCCACCUUUCCAACGGCUUGGACCCUGUAGCAGAGACAGCGAUUCGCCAGCUGACAGAGCCCAGUGGGCGGGUGGCCAAGAAGACACCCACCAAGCGCAGCACUCUCAUCAUCUCUGGUGUUUCCAAGGUGCCCAUUGCUCAGGACGAGUUGGCGCUAUCCCUGGGCUAUGCGGCAUCCCUGGAAGCCUCAGUGCAGGAUGAUGCAGGGACCAGCGGAGGCCCCUCUUCACCUCCCUCAGACCCACCAGCCAUGUCUCCAGGACCGCUAGAUGCCCUUUCUAGUCCCACAAGUGUCCAGGAAGCAGACGAGACAACCCGUUCGGAUAUUUCUGAGAGGCCAUCUGUGGAUGACAUUGAGUCGGAAACGGGGUCCACUGGUGCCCUGGAGACCCGCAGCCUCAAGGAUCACAAAGUGAGUUUCCUGCGCAGCGGCACUAAGCUCAUCUUCCGCCGGAGGCCUAGGCAGAAGGAAGCUGGCCUGAGCCAAUCACACGAUGACCUCUCCAAUGCAACGGCCACGCCCAGUGUCCGAAAGAAGGCCGGCAGCUUUUCUCGCCGCCUUAUCAAGCGCUUUUCCUUCAAAUCCAAACCCAAGGCCAAUGGUAACCCCAGCCCCCAGCUCUGAGGACCCAGCUCUGAAAGGGCACGAGUUCUCUCAGCCCAUUCCCCACCUCCCCUUCCAUACCCCUUCCUGGAUCUCCAGUGCCUGGGCCAGGAAAGCCCUCUGGGUUCCCGGAAGCCCUGUCCACCCUGGGCCAUGGGGCCGGUUGGAAGGAUACUUGGAACGGGAAGCACAUGAGAGGUGGGCACCCGUUGCCGAGGACAUGGACGAGGGACUGGUGGCUGGGAGGGAGAGGAGGGCCCUGUCCGGCAUGUGUGGGUAUUCCCCAGAAGCAUUUGCCUCCUGCUGAGCCUGGUCCCUGAGCGGAGUCCCAGGGUGCUCAGCUCUUCAGCUGACCCUUCUUCCCUUAUUUAUUCUCUUUUCUAUUUAUAUGUGUGGCUUAGGACCCUCCGUGAACAGAUGAUAGAGGGCAUCUCUCCCAGGUGACCCUUCUUUUCUGUCCCAGGAGGGUGGGUAAUUCCCUUUGGGAUGGGGCUCCCACACCUCCCUCAGGUCCCCACUCAGACCAGCACCAGUGUCUGCCUCUGAGAAUGUUGGCAGCUCACAGAGAGCAGGGCCGGCCCGGGAUGGGGGGCAGGUACUCCCCACCUUCUUGCCUCCCCUCCUGCUCCUCAUCCCUCCCUCCCCCUUUAUUACCGUUUUUUGUACUUGAUGCCUUCUCUGUGAGCAGUGGCUCUGUGGGAAGGAGGGAGCCGGGAGCCUGGUGGGAAGCCUUCCCCAGAGAGAUGGCUUUAGGGGCUUUAUUUAAAGACUGUGAUGAUGGAGCCACGCAAGGCUGCACCUCUGUGUGUUGGGAGACGAUGAUGAUGUCCAUUGCUGUGUGAUGGCUUGGAAUUUAAUUUAUUAAAGUCAAAUUGGAGUUUAUAAACUGGACAACUGGUUAUCCUUUGAAAGGCAGUAGGCAGCCAGGCUGUGACAUGGAUGGUGUGGGAGGAUGAGACAGGGGCCCGGAUAAUGAGGUUGGGUGAUGACACACAUUGUGGAUCUGCUAAGAAGUUCCUGCAGGGAAGAAGGGGUGUGCAGAGAAAGGAUGGAAGAGACAGGAGGCUCUGGAGUAUGAAAUUGUAGCAAAAAACUCAAUCAACUAGUACAGGUUAGUCUUCAUUCCCCUUUCUGGAACAGGCUGCUCCUUCUAGGAUGUAAUGGAGAUCAAAGUUUGGACCCUGUAACUAGACUGCCUGCCUGGGUUUGAGUCCCAGCUCUUCUAAUUACUUGUGUGACCUUGGGCAAGUUAUGUAACCUCUAAGUGCCUCAGUUUUCUCAUCUGUAAAAUGGGAACUUCAAUCAUCAUGGCUAUCAUUUGGUUGUGGAUGAGAAGUAAAUGAAGUGCUGAGUAAGUGUUAACUGUUGCCUCAGAAGAAACUGGGAGGGGGAAGUCUUAGAAGUGUUUCAACAUAAUAAAAGCUCUCUCAUUCUGAAAUGUGGGCAAAUUUCAGGGAUUGAUAGGUCCUAGCAAACUGUGUCCCUGGUUCCGGUGCUUGAGAUCUUAUACAGGACUUGAACCAGGUAAGCUGCUACAGGAUAUUGGGCAGAAUGCAGGACCAGGAAGCAAGAAAACUGAGUCUGCCACAGACAAACCAAGUGAUCUUGAGCAGGCAACUUCUCCUUUGGGGACCUCAAUUUCCUCAUAUCUAAAAUAAGGGUGACCUGGAUAAACAUUCAGGUCACUUCCAGCCUUGACAUUCUAUGACUACCUAUAUCUCAGGGUGUUUAGGGCACAUGCCUUUGGGUAGAUAGCAUGUGGAAAUUGUUACUAUUCCCCAUGCUCCUGUCCACACUACUCACCAAAUACGAGAUAUCUGGGAAGAAUGGAGGGUAUAGAUUUUUUUUUUUCAAUUAGAUAAUUUAGUUUUAUAUAUUUGGGGGGACAAGUGCAGGUUUCUUACAUGCAUAUAUUGCAUGCAUAGAGGUGAAGUCUGGGCUUUUUUUUAGUGUACGCAUCGCCCAAAUAGUGAACAUCAUACCCAAUAGGUAGUUUUUCAACCCUCACCCUCCUCCCACCUUCUCACCUUUCAUAGUCUCUGAUGUCUUUUAUUCCACUCUAUAUGUCCAUGUAUACCCAUUAUUUAGCUCCCACUUAUAAAUGAGAAUAUGCCAUAUUUGACUUUCUGUUUCUGAGUUAUUUCACCGAGGAUAAUGGCCUCCAGUUCCACCCAUGUUGCUGGAAAACACAUGAUUUCAUUCUUUUUUAUGGCUGAGUAGUAUUCCACUGUGUGUGUGUGUGUUGGGCGAUGAUAAUGAUGUCCAUUGCUGUGUGACAGCUUGGAAUUUAAUUUAUUAAAGUCAAAUUGGAGUUUAUAAA